AUGAGUGAUGAGUCCGAUUCACCAGGAGGCGAAGAGUCUGCUGCUCCUAGCUACAAAACAAGAAAGAAAGCCAAGAAGAACAGCUUGGUAGAUGAGCAAUGGUCGCUAAAAGAGAUAACGAAAACCAAGCCUCUGAUCGACCAACCAGUGGCUAAAAAGCUGAAAAAGUUUUGGGAUAAGAACUGGGAUAAGUUUCCCGAAAACAUGAGAACCUCCUUCAUCUCGACAUUCAAAAAGGUCAAUCAAACAGAGAGCAACGUCAAAAGUCCAAGCAACCAUAUUAUUUGGAAAACCACCGUCACCUCAUGCAAAGAGGAUCUGGAUUGGGGUGUAUGGAUCAUCCUUCGGGCGAUUUACUACGACCCUGUGGUUCAUUCAAAGGACCAAAAAGACAUUCUGUUUAAAGCCAACUUCAUGCAAAACCAGGCAGCCAAGCGGAUCCAGCAACGCUACCCAGAGGUUAACAUCUUCACCGCGAAACUACCUGGCGAGCUGGACUCUCCUCGUCCAAGCGACUGGCCAGCUCUCGGUAGCACAAGCGGAUUUCCAAAGCUCAAGGAAGAGACCCCUAAUAAGAAGAGAGCCAGAUCAUCAUCCUAUACUCCGACAGUUCGCGGGUCAACUGAGCUCACAAGCGGACAGUCCGACACCGAAUCAGCUCGUCCAGGGUCCUUGUUUAGUAGUCAGGCAUCCUACGGGGAAGGACUUCAACGUCAGUUGAUGCAGGUAGCUCCCCCUUUUAAAAAGCGCAAGACGAUUGACAAAGUACCCACGGGCCGAGGAAGAAUUCGCAGGAAAAUACCUGGCAGCGAGUACAUCGACGAGGAAGAGGAUGAUGAGUCUGACUUCUCGACCUCAAUGAACCGGAAUUCAACGGUACCUGGUAUUAGCGCACACUCUGAAAAGAAUGUAGGCCUUACCGAAGCGCUAUCUGUAUUUGACGAAUUCCAUUAUAAUGCCUCGCCAUCUCGCCAUACCAGUGAGGACACCCUUCAACAGCUGAGGACAAAGAUUGAAGCACUCGAAAGCCGAGAAAUUCCUAAUGAGAACCGACUGGUGGUCGCAGUCACCGAACAGAUCAAGGGAGACCUUGGAUUUUCAAGCAAGACUGAUGUAUUGAAACUGAUCGCCAACGAGAUCGAAGACAUGAUGGAGAGUCCUGAAGGUGUCCAUGUAUUGGAGCACCUCAAAAGACAAGGGAAGCGAAAUAAUCCCCACGAACCUCCAUUUAAGAGUACUAUCAGGCAUUUUCUUCUUACCUGGGUGAAUGCUAUCACCGAAGCAGUCAAGAAUGAGCUUAUCGGGACAGGAUCUGAGGAAGACAAUCAUCCCACUGGAGAUUUCAGCAGAGCUUUACAAAAGGCCUCAGAAGUUAUAAAGGGAGCUUUCCGUCAAGCCCACCAAGACCUGGAACGCAUGGCUGGUAUUCUUAAUCCAGAGGAUCUCAUCAAGAGAGUGGACCAAGACAUGCUUCAAGACAUGCUUAAAACCCUUCUUCAAAAGCUUGCAGACGAAGACAAUAUCCCGUGUGUCGUACUUAGCGAGGAAUUCUAUGACAGAUUGCUGACAGAAGCGAAAGAAAGAAUCACCGAUGACUUCUCUGCUGAGCUUAAGAUGAAUAUCCAGGAAUGGAUUAGUAGCAUAGCACGCAACGCUGUGUUACUUGAUGAUGCCGAAUUUGGGGUUCAGCUGGGCGAAUUCGUAAAAGAGAGGGUGAAAGAAUAUACACCUCAACCGUCUGUAGACACAGAUAACCCAGCAGUGGAGAUUCCGGAAAAGCUCGAAACAUCUAUCAACGAACACGUACGCAAAGCAUGUGACGCGUGGGCAAAAAACGCAGGAGAGGCAUUGCGGGUGACGGCUUCUACCGAACAGAGCAAAAUCCAGAGCGAUAGUAUCGAAAACUUCAAGUGUGAAGUCAACACAAAAACACGGGAAGUUCUAUUAGCUCUUUCUGAAACAGAAUCUCAAAUGACGAAGCGUAUAUCGAGUCAGAUCGAGGGUGAUCGUGCUCAAUGGGUUGAGGCAAAGAUUCAGGAGAUCAUACUCAAGGAGUUCGGUGGUCAGCACCAACUGAGCAACCCAAACCCUGCGAUUAGUAUCGACGAACUCAACAUAGAGGGAAAGAUCCGAGCUGAGUUGAGGAAGGUUUUAGAUGCAGAAGUCAGUCAAAUCUGUGUUACACAGGCUAAACAGGCAAUCUCUGAAGCCAUCGUCAACGCUCAAUCUCAUGGACAACUCGCCUUCACACAGCAAGGUGCUUUCGGUUCCCAUCCGGUUCCCUCCACAAAUCAAAUGCAAAUGGUCGAAACUCGAGUACAGUCCCUUCAGGACAAGAUAACAGCGUUCGAGGGUGUCAUUGACUGCACCUACCAAGGCCAUAGCAUGGCCAAGAUCAGCCAACCACAAAUACAACACAUGCAGCACGCAAUGGAUGGCUAUGCGGAGAGAUUGGGAGAGAUCGAAGAGUUUCACCAACAGGUGAAGGCUCUCCAGCGAAAGUGUGAUCGAUUGGUAGCCAUCAUCUGCCAGUUAACUCUUUUACUAGUGGCCGUUGGAGUUGGCAUUGUUAUCUCUCGGUAUAUGAUUAUUGGUGAUUCGUAUCAACUUCGCCUUCCGUACUACCAUUAUCGGCAUGUGUAG